UUUUCUUCCCUUCUCUCUCUUCCGUGUCAGAAAGUGCCUGCCUAAUCCGCCGCACCAUAGCAAACCAUUUCUCUACCUUCCGUUGAAGGAAAUCGCCAAAGAAAAAAAAAGCUUCUCCUUCGUUGAAGCUCCCUUCUUCCAUUCGUUUAUUUAUUGUUUCGCUUCCACCCCUUUCCAGCUCCUACGCUUGAUUUGAACUACAAAGGGCCACGCCCAGACUUGUCAAAAAUCCACUCUCCAGUCAUUGUCUAAAUAAACACAACUCGGAACAAUGGCCAUCAUCAAAUACGCUCUUCCCGCCAUCGCUGCGGCCCAGGUCGCCAUGGCUGCCAGCUGUGGUAGCAGCGGCAGCACCAUCAAGAUUACUAGCCAGACCGAUGCCGACACCUACGCUACUUGCACCAAGCUUACUGGUGACGUUGAGAUCAGCGAGAACUUCUCCGGUGACUUGAGCAUCAACGGCCCCUACGAGAUUACUGGUGGUCUGUCUAGCGAUGGCGCCAGCAACGUUACCUCGAUCACCUCUACCAGCCUCGCCACGAUCGGCGACACUUUCAAGCUCAACGGUCUGACCACCUUGACCACCCUGAGCAUGACCAACCUCACCAGCGUCGGUGCCAUCUCCUGGACUGCCCUCCCCGAGCUUCAGUCUCUCGACUUCACCAAGGGUGUCUCCGAGGCUGGUGACGUUGAGAUCACCAACACUGGUCUUACUAGCUUGGACGGUAUCUCCCUCAAGAGUGUCGGUACCUUCGACAUCACCGAGAACACCAACCUUAAGACCGUCAAUGUUAACGACUUGACCAAUGCCACUGGUCUGAUCAACUUCGCUGGUAACCUGGACACCCUCCAGAUUAUCCUCCCCAACCUUGCUGGUGGUACCAACAUGACCUUCCGCAACGUCAGCGCUGUCUCCAUCCCCUCCCUCAAGGAGCUUAGCGGACAGCUUGGCUUCUGGGGCAACACUUUCUCCAAUUUCAGCGCCGCCAACCUCACCUCCACUGGUGAUCUCGUCUUCGAUGACAACACCGACCUUGCCAACAUCAGCAUGCCCGUCCUCAAGACCGUCAACGGUGGCUUCCAGAUCGCUCGCAACGACAAGCUCAAGGAGAUUUCUUUCCCUGAUCUCGAGACCGUUACUGGCGCCAUUGACUUCAGCGGUGAAUUCAACUCUGUUUCCCUCCCCGAUCUUGAGGAGGUCAAGGGAGGCUUCAACGUGCAGAGCACUGGUAACCUGAGCUGCUCCACCUUCGAAAAGAUGCACAGCAGCAACGUCAUCCGUGGUACCUACAAGUGCACCCAGACCUCCCACCCCACCACCAAGGACGGUUCUUCCGGCACCAGCACUUCCACCACCACCAGCAGCUCUUCCUCUUCCACCUCCAGCGACAGCGCCUCUGUCAUGAACAUUGUCAACGUCCCCGCCAUGGGAGUUGCUGCCAUCUUCGGUGCUUUCGUUCAGUACCUUUUGUAAAGGACACUCGAUAGCAGUUUUUGUGUGUACCGCUUUGAUUAAAGCCCUAUGAUGGUUGUUGUGUGUAAAGUUGCCUCGGAAGCAAUUGGUCGUUAAUCCCAGUACUCUGCUGUUCUUAUGAUAAUAAUUUGAAUAUUGGGUUGAGCAACAUUUGUGCAGCAGUGCUUGCCUUCGAAGAGAUGAUCGCUUAUCCAUGUUUUUUAUCCUGCUUUAAUAAUUAUCCGAGGCCACAGGCUUGUGGCAGUUCCCUGUCCGGGCCCAGCACUUGAAUGUUGGGCUGCAUUGCAAUUACUAGGCACUGGCGCCAUUGAGCGGUCUCGACGUGUGUUAUAGACGUUCCUUUGCGCUUUUGCGCUGCUUCGUUCCAAGAUAGUGCGUUGCUCUGUAUUCCAUUGAUUUAUCGUGUAGUCAACCCUAACGAGCUUUCUCUUCCCUUCAGUAGCUUAAAUCUGUACGAUAUUCGGG